CCUUCACAAUAUUCUCACUACUACACUCUCUCAUUCUUCACACUCUCUUUCUCACAAAGAGAGAAACCAUAAGCAUGGAGUCCUCAAAGAUCCAUGCUUACCUCUUCCUCUGCAUGCUCUUCCUCUCCUCUGCCGCCCCCAUUCUCGGUUGCGGCACCUGCGGUAAGCCCGUCCCAAAGAAACACAAGCCCAGCAAAAAGCCCGGCAAGCCCGUGAAGCCACCAGGCAUAGUGCCUCCUAUUGUGAAGCCACCAGGCAUAGUGCCUCCUAUUGUGAAACCACCAGUGAUAUUGCCUCCGGUUACAGUGCCUCCAGUUACAGUUCCUCCAAUCACUGUCCCUCCGGUUGUGAAACCCACUCUUCCUCCGAUUCCAGGUGUGACACCCAUUCUUCCUCCGGUUCCGGUGCUGAACCCACCAAGCACUCCUACUCCUACUACUCCUGGUUCUGGUUCAUGCCCACCACCAAAGUCUCCUCCUGGUGGCGGCGGUGGUUCGCAGGCGACAUGUCCCAUUGAUACGUUGAAAUUGGGGUCUUGUGUGGAUCUGCUUGGCGGUUUGAUUCACAUUGGGUUGGGUGACCCAGCUGUGAACAAGUGCUGCCCUGUGCUUCAAGGGCUUGUGGAGGUUGAAGCUGCUGCAUGUCUCUGCACCACUUUGAAGCUCAAGCUUCUGAAUCUCAACAUCUAUGUGCCUCUAGCUCUUCAGCUCCUUGUUGCUUGUGGGAAGACUCCUCCUCCUGGCACACCUGCUCCCUCUAAACCAGUUAUAAGGUUAAUGGAUUCAAGAAUAUAUGGUCCAAAUCGACAUGAGAGGAUGUCAAUUGAGCCAAGCCACUCUCUCUUUUUUUUUUUUUCUUCUUUUGAUUGGAAUUGAUGUUGUUUGUUUCGCUAUUAAUUAUUUGUAAAAGUACCAUUUGUUUUUAAUUGAGAUUGUUUGCAUGUAUGUUUAAUCCUAAGCAAGUAAAGUAGCUGCAAAGAUUAUUCUA